AUGAGCAGCUUGAUGGAUCGGCGUACGGCUUCAGGGGCACAGAGGCCUUUGGCAGCAGGCGGAACGCCAGCUGAAGCAGCAACGCUACCAGUGUCGGCCGGUGCGUUCUCGUCUCACGCUGCUGCUUCCUCCCAUAUGUAUGGCAGGGGCCUCUUGCCUUUCCCAGUGUUGACCCCUGCAGCAGCACCGCCAUUCCAAGCAGUGCCUGCAGCGUCAAAUUCUGCGGCAGCAAUGUCUGCAGCAGCGCCACUGUCUGCAGCGACGGGGAGGCCUUUGUCAGUUGCUGGAGUCGGGCAGCCGACUGCUGGGGCAGUUGUGGCGCCUCCAGUUGCACCCGUGCAAUGCGGCGCCCUUCAGCCUUCUGCCCCCCUACCAGCCCUCCCUCCAACAGCUCGAGGAGUUCCUGCAGUACGGGCACCGCUUCACACAGCAGCUGUUAUCCCGCCGUCUGCCCCAGGCCCUUCUUGCAUGUCUCCCCCCCCAGCGGUUGGAGCUGCUUUUGCAGCAGCGGCGGCCUGUGUGCCACCUGCGGCUUCGCACGCACCUGCUCUCGCCCCCUCAGCGGCUUUUGGCGGCGCCCCCCCCUCCAGUGCAACUAUGAUAGCCCGUGUUGCUUCGGCAGCAGUAGCCUCUGCAUCGGCAGUGCCUCCAGCUGCUGCUCCGAUGCGAGCUGUCGGCUCCUCUGCGUCUCCAGUCCCUGCUGCUGCAAAGGCUGCUACCCCCCGUGGAGGGCGUGGUGGUUCUCGCGGAACCAGACGAGGUCGUGGGGUUGCAGCGGCAGUAGCAGCAGGAACGUCGCCGUCGGGAGAGAGGCCUCAAAGGGCUCGAAGGGCCCCUCGGAUGUUCGAAGUCGACGCUGCUGCGGAUGAUAAACUCCUCAAAGUUGCGAUUGGGAGAUCUCUGCUGGAGACGCGCCGUGUGGAGAUGAACUAUUCUUCCUUGCCUGCGGUGCCGGAGGUUCGCUUUCCUUCGCUGGAGGCAUUUACAGUCAAUCCCAUUUCCUUUUUUGAGAGUCUUCGAGCUAUUGGUCGCGAAUUCGGUGCAGUGAAGAUCAUCCCUCCAGCUGACUGGGAUCCUCCCUUUGCUCUUGACGCCCUAACGAAUGACCAGGCGCUUUUCCACGUUCGAACGCAGGAAGUGCAUUCGCUCAUGGCUGGCAAGCCGUUCCAGCAUCCAGAGGCUCCCGUGCAUGCCUCAGAGCUUCGUUCUCACGACCGCGAGUUGACGCGACAGGUCUUCGGCUGCUACAACCCAAGCAUAGAUACGGUGGAGGCUGUAUACUGGAAGAGCGUUGAGAGCGGCUGCCCCCAGCUAACUGUCCACUACGCUGCAGACUUGAGGACGAACGAACUGGGUAGCGGAUUUCCAGUGGCACGCGUCGCGGGAGACGCCGCAGCGCCUUGCAGCAACAGCAAUAGCAGCAGCACCGAGGCCAGUGUCGGAGGGAGUCCUCAAGAGAGGCAAAGCCAGCCGCUGCCACAGCAGGCGCAGGACGGUUCGACUAAGGGGCAGCAGCAGCAGUUGGACUACUGCACGCAUCCGUGGAAUAUGGCGGGAUUAGCAAGGGUGCAAGGCUCCUUGUUGCGGCAUUACCAUCGAGACGUUCCUGGGGUCACUUCCCCCUGGCUGUACGUUGGGACUGUAUUUUCAAGUUUCUGCUGGCACACAGAAGACAAUUUCUUUGCUGCAUGUAACUACCACCACUGGGGGACCCCGAAGAUAUGGUACGUGGUACCUCCUUCGAGGGCACCGUCUGUUGAACGGACGCUGCAAUCGUAUCUGGCAGACCGCGAUCCUCAUUACGUAUUGCACUCCCUCACGGUGCAGCUGCCCCCCUCCCUCUUUGUUGAAAACGGUAUUCCAGUCUACCGGAUCGAGCAGCAUCCCAAAGAGUUCGUCAUGCUGUGGCCCCGCACGUACCAUGCCGGAUUCAACGCUGGCUUUAACUGCAAUGAAGCCUGCAACUUCGCUCCUCCGUUGUGGCUGCAAUGGGGCCAGAAGGCGAUCCGCAGUUACCGGUAUAUGCGUUCCACCUGUGUGCCAUACCAGCAGCUGGUGUUGCGGUCUGCCAUUCAGUCCGCUGAGGGAUUCUCUCCGCGGCAGCAGCUCGAGCUUUGCAGGGCAGUCGCGCGUAUCAUUAUGGAGGAGUUUGCUGGACGUACAGCUGCCGUGGAGCAGCAGCUAGCUGCAGCGCCCAUGCAGUUGGCUGCAGGGCAGCUGAAUUUGGUCGAGGCUCUGGACCCGAGUGUCAAGGGCUGGAGGCAGGAGUUCAGAAAGUUGCUCUCUACGUUUGGCGAUUUGCUCGUGCCUAUUCCUUUUGGUGACGGCGAAGGACGAAAAGACGAUUUGCUGGCUCGCAUCGCUGAUGUGCUGUCUUUGCCGGUGAAGGAUUGCAGCAGCUGCAAGGCUUGCUGUGUCAUCACAUGCGUCACCUGUUGCCAUCAGGAGGACUACGUUUGCAUGGAUUGCGUGGGCAGCCUUUCGUGCAACUGCGCUCAGAGGAUUGUUCUGUCGAGGCUCCCCCUUCCGACUCUUCGCCUUGUGUAUCAGCACUGCUUGGAUAUCCUGAUGCUACAGACCAACACAGACACUUCUCAACAGUAUCAGCAAGCAAGCAGCAGCAGUGCUGCGGCGGGGAGCGUGAAGUCGGAAGAUGGAAGUACAGUGUCAAUGUUUCCCGAGGCCCCAUUGACGAGAGCAGCUGCGGUAGCAGCGGCAGAGGUUGCUGCUGUUGUCGAUGGCGUUGCGGUGAAGUGCCCUUCUCCAGGUGCUGAUGAGCUAGCUCCACGGAAACGGGGUAGACCACGGGCUGGCUGCAGAAGUGCUGGUGACUUGAAAAAGCGUGUGACAGAAGCAGUUGUUGCAUCAGCACCAGUGCAAAAGCCCCUAAUCCAGGAGAUCCAGGAGGAUUCUUUGUUGCUGUCCGUUCCUUCGAUGUCUGACCUUGUAGCUUUUGAACGGAAGGCGCACAUAGGCAUCGACUACUAUUCUGUUAGCUAUAAUGACGAGGCAGAUCAAGAGCCUGAGCCUGAGCCUGAGCCUCCUUCCCCUGCCUCUGCCAUUGCUCCUCCUGCUGUUGCGGCUGAUGCAUUGCAGCAGCAGCAGCAGCAGCAGCAGCAUGCGCAACUGGCUAGUUCUGAACCUCCUGCUAUGCUCCAUCAAUUCGGUGUACAGGGGUUUGGUGCUCCGGCUCUCCAGCAACGAGCGCUUCAGUCUUCUGAGGCCCAGCAACAAGAACUCAAGCAGCAACAGGAGCUAUUGCAUAUUCAGUUGCUGCUUCGAGAGCAACGCAUGCUCGACUCCCCGGCUGAGCAGCAGUUAGCGGCUUUUCAGCAGCACCAUGAGCAGCAUCAACUGCAGCACCAGCAGCUCCAGCAGCAACAGCGCCAGCUGCAGCAGCAGCAGCUCCAGCUGCAACAGCAGCUCCACCAUCAGCUGCAGGACCAACAGCAACAGCGGCACGCGGACUUGCAUGCUUUGCAGGGAGGGGGGAUCGCAAUGCAUCCCCAUCAUGGACUGUUACCCCCGCCGGAAGGCAGCAGCAGUCUCUGCUCCACACCAUCGCAGCAGCCUCGGACCGAUGCGGGGCCGACGCAGAGCCUGUCUCCGCAUGCACAGCUGCAUUCUGAAAGCCUCAGUGGCAGUCAGUUGGGGAGCACAGGGAGCGCUCAGCAGCCGCAAGAGGGAGAGAAUGGAUCAGUCAAGAAGAAGGAACCACUGGCCGUGGACUGCGGAGAGUGGGCUCCUUGUGAGCCAGGCUCUCAGCUCGACAUCAGCAUUGGACGCCUUAGUAGUUCGAUGGUGCCUGCCCCCGAAGAAGCUCCACCGGCUGCUGGGAGACGCGGCAGAAGAGUCAUCCCCUUUAGAGUGAUUCCACCAGACUUGGUAGUGGACAAGCGCAGGGAGCUCGCAGUACGGGGUUACGUGCAGCAGUUGACGUGGAGAUACUUCAUUAAAACGCUCAAGGAAGAAGCAGAGGAUGACGACGAGCAGAUACUCCCAAUGUUUAAGCGCGCUGCGAGGCCGGAACUCAUGCAAUCGGUUUUUGUGACAGAAAUAGGCGCACUGCAUAUUAACGCAGUCUCAAGCGGCUGGCUUGAUCCUGCAGUAGCGGCACCCGCGGGGACCACAGGGAAAGGCCUGUGUCGCUUGCGCUAUGCAUCUGUCCUUGUUUGGGGGAUAUCGCUUUACGGUUGCCCAGGCGCUUUGCAAUAUGCUGGCGUUCACUCGGGUUUCCCUUAUAGAGGGAUUGCCGUGAAAACUGGCAAAACGAGCUUCUUUUAG